UGUUUCGGUUAAGUAAAACCCCGCCUACUUCGUCUUGUUUUAUGUUUUUAUUUUACUAUUUGUUGAUAUCUUAUCAACAUCAAGUGAAGACGUUCGUGGUUGCUAGAGGUCGUAGAGUCAAAGGAUUUAAAUUAAAAGUUUAACUCUUAAAUUCUUCAAAUACUUUGUUAAAAAUGUCAAGCACGCAUCAAGGUAUCGAUACUGACUGUAUGACACUUACCCGCUAUGUUUUAGCGGAGCAGCGUAAAGUCCCCGAAGCAACUGGGGACCUCACGCAAUUAUUGAGUAAUAUUAUGACAGCAAUUAAAGCUAUAUCCACAGCAGUAAGGAAAGCUGGUAUUGCACAAUUAUAUGGCAUGGCUGGGGAGACCAACAUUCAAGGUGAAGAGGUAAAGAAGUUAGAUGUUUUAGCUAAUGAGUUGUUCAUUAAUAUGAUGAAAUCAUCUUAUGGUACUUGCUUGCUUGUAUCCGAAGAAAAUGAAAAUGUCAUCGAAGUUGAAACCGCCCAACAAGGAAAAUACAUUGUUUGUUUUGAUCCUUUGGAUGGUUCAUCUAACAUAGAUUGUUUGGUAUCAAUAGGAUCUAUAUUUGCAAUAUACCGCCGUGAUUCCAAUGAUCCACCCUCUCCUAAAGAUGCAUUGCAAAGCGGGCGCAAUAUUGUUGCUGCAGGCUAUGGCUUGUAUGGAAGUGCUACUAUGCUUGUAUUGUCACUUGGUGGACCAGUUAAUGGUUUCAUGUUAGAUCCAUCCAUUGGGGAAUUUAUCCUAACUGAUCCAGACAUUAAGAUUAAACCCCGAGGAAAGAUUUACAGUUUAAAUGAAGGCUAUGAAGCUCUGUGGGAUGCGGCUGUUUCUGAGUAUGUGAGAAGUAAAAAACGUCCCGCUUCUGGAAAACCAUAUGGUGCAAGGUAUAUUGGCUCAAUGGUGGCAGAUGUGCACCGAACUCUAAAAUACGGUGGUAUAUUUAUGUACCCAGCUACAAAGGAUUCACCCAAGGGCAAGCUUAGGUUAAUGUAUGAAUGCAAUCCAAUGGGCUAUUUGAUUGAAAAAGCAGGAGGUAUUGCUACCACUGGUAAAAUGCCUAUUUUAGAUAUUGUGCCUGAAUCUAUUCAUCAACGUUCCCCUAUCUUUUUGGGUUCACCAGAAGAUGUUAAAGAAGUAAUGGAACUUUAUAAACAGUAUAAAUUAUAAAUUCUAGUAUUUUCAAAAAUUGUAAAAAUAUUUUUGUUUAUUAAUGUUCUUAAUUCAUAGAAUUAUUCCUAUUUAGCAAUUAUGUGUCAAGACUGUUAAUAUUUAGGAAAAACUUUAUUUUAUUACGUAGAAAAUCGAAAAAAAGUACAUAUUAAACAAUUAUCAUUAUUUUCUUCUACAUGACUUUUAACUAAUUUAUUAAUUUUUAAAAUAUUUAAAGAAAAGAAAUCUGUGAUGUGUAAGCGUUUAAAUUGCAAGAUGGAUUAUAUUUUUAUAUAAAUAUUUUAUCGGAUAAAGGAUAUUUUUGUUAAGCAUUUAUUGUACAUCAAAUAAUUUACAGUAGAAAUUAUUAUUUGCUGUUUGAAUGUUAUUUUACUGUGCCAAACUGAAUAAUCAAAAUUUUUUUCUAUUUUAAGACAUAAUGUAUACACACAGUUCCUAACAGUCAUUUCAAUUAAAAACUAAUCUGUCAUUUUAGUUGUAUUUCUUUCAAUGUGUGUAUAUUCAAAAGAAUUUUCUAGUAUUUGUUUUUGUGCCAUUCAUUUAUAGUGGUCUAUUUUGGUUACAGGGUGAAAACACUUAAGCUGUUACUUGUUCAUUUACGAUAUUAAAACUAUAAUGUCUUACUUUGAAUUUCCCAAUAAAAAUUUCCUGAAUUUCUA